AUGAAAUACAAAGCUCAAAAAGAAGUAGAAACCGCUUCAGUAAAUACGCGUUCAACAUCAAGCAAGCAACACGUAUUACCUCCAAUAGUUAACAAACAAAAACAAUUACUCAGUGGUAUUGUCAAACGAAAAAGUUCAACGAAUGAGUCAUUAAAACGUCCAUUAGAGGACGAGAAUGACGAAGAUGAUCAGCAGCGAGCAAAAUUAUCGCGAUCAGCUCGAUUGCCACGGUUACUUGUUCCAGGUGGACGGUUACCUGGUAUAGGUCCGGCUGAAGGUUUUUCAGAUUCAUCUGAUUCAAGUGAAAGUAGUGAUGAGGACGGUCUUGCUCGAUAUUCAAAUAAUGCUAGUAUUCAAUCAUCAUUAGCACAACGUAAACGGCUAGCUAAACAAUUACAGGAUAUGGCUGCGGCAUCAUCAGGUGGAGGUGAAUGA